AUGAAGGAACAAAAAGAUAACAAAAACAAAUCAGACUCUCCUGUCGAGGCACCUAUGAAACAAGAUUAUAAAAAGAAGGAAACAGAGGCAUCUACUGGACCAGACAAUGGUGGAGGAGAGGUUAAAAAGCUAAAUUCUAGAGAAGAAGGCAGUGAGAAGAACGUCAAUGAUGAAGAGCAUAAGGUGAAGAGCCAUCAGCCUGAAAAUGACCAAGAGAAGAAGAUCAUUGAGUUGGAAAAUCACAAACAAAAAGAGAGAAACGAAGGAAGGCAUCGUAUGUCAGACGGUAGUACUGAGAGUCAAAAGAACAAAGAAAAACAUGAUGGCACUAAGAAGAUCCAAUGUGAUGAGAAGAAUAAAGAAAAACUCGGCGGUUUGAUAUUCAUGUGCAAUGCAAAGACUAAGCCAGCUUCUUUAUGGGAUUUAUAAGGCGGCCUCUUCUGGUGGCAUUAAACUUGAGCCAAGGUGGGGCAUUCCCUGUUUGGGUCAGAUUUUCU